CUGCAAACGUGAAAGCUAACUUUCAUUUACGUGAUUAUGCAAUAAUUGCUUUUGAUUUGAAAGCGCUUCUCGAUUUGCUCUGUUUAUGAAUUGGUAACCCUACCCAUGAUAAACAAGCCACAAUUUUGAGAAUUGCCGGUUUUUUUGUCCCGUGAAGGCACAAGCUUUAUAUAAAAAGAGAUUAAUUUAGGUAGCUUCGAAUUAAUAUUUCUCCAAUCUGAUUUUUACGAUUAUUAAAAAGCGGCAACAAAUACCACAAAAUGUUUCCUUUAAACUGUAGUUCAGUCUAUAAAAUGCCGGAAAAGUACGAACCGCCCGAUGAUUUGGUUGAUGACACUAACUAUCCGAAUUUAAACUCACGUGAUUAUGCCAAACGUCCACUUAAUCAUACAGGACAGAUGUAUGAUGCAUGGGAAUGCCUCAGCAUUAAUUCGCCAUACACUGAGGCAGAAGGCAAUAUCGUUAUAGCUUGUAACAAGUUAAAUGGCCGUGAGUGGGUCGGUUCCUUAUGGGGUUUUGAAAAGUAUGAUGUAGUAAAAAAUAAAGCAUUGGGAGGAAGUAAUAAAGCUUCUUUCAAGUUACAGUGCGAGUCUCUAAUUACUGGUAUGGAGUUUGUCACGAGAAACAUAUUGCUUUUAGCCUUGAACACCGGAAAGGUACAACUAUGGUCUACACACUCCGAGGUACGAAACGCCAAAAAUCCAUAUUGCUUAUUUUUGAUUGGUGAGAGAUGCGAGCACAUGCAAGCCAUUACUAGUACAAGUACAUUUAGAACUAAUGAAAGUAAAGCAUUGACUGCAUGUAAAAGUGGAACCGUAAAGAUUUGGGAUAUGGGUAGCGCUGAUUUAUUCCUUGAUAAAAGUUUCCAGUUCGCUCACAGCGAUGUUAUUACCGGUUUGGCAGCCUCCUCGACUAAUGAUAAUAUCUUUCUUACCUGCUCUUUGGACAAGUCCUGCUUAAUAUGGGAUGACCGCGAAAUAAGACCAGCUUUGGCUUUAUAUGAAAAACAUGAUGUACGUUUUAAAGAAGUGCGCUGGUCUCUGGAAAAUAACGAUUGUAUUAUUUACGCGGGAGAUGAAUGUGGUUAUAUAUUGACAAUAGAUAAACGCAGUCCUAAAAAGUAUUUAGAUAAAUCAAAAUAUUUUGAUCGUCCUAUAAGAAAGAUCCGACCGCAUCAUGACAACUUGGCUGUUAUUGCUGACACAAACAUUGUGAAAGUUUCAAAAAUUCCAAAUCACGCUACAUGUUACGAGAAUUCCGAUUCUGAGCAUUUUAUACGUGAUUGCAGUUGGUUGAGUUCGGCGGAGUUGUUAACUGUUGGUUUUGAUGGCAAAUUACGUUUUCAUAACAUUGAAUAAUAUAAAAUGACGAAAAGUGAAGCUGUGAUCCUAUAAAAGUUAC